AUGGUUUUUUUUCGAAAAUUAACAAUUUUAUUUCUAAUUUUAUUGAUUAAAAAGCCGUUUUAUUUAUGUAAUAGUCAUACUAGCGGUAAUAAUGAAAAAAAUGAACGUAGAUUCAUUUUUAAUCUCGGUUACAAUCUACUGAGUGAAAUCGGCUCUAUUGUAAAAGCUCCAUUUUAUUUUAUUGUUCCAGGGACUAAAUGGUGCGGUAACGGAAAUAUCGCUGAAGAUCAAUCAGAUUUAGGGGUAUUUAGUGCCACAGAUAAAUGUUGUAGGAAACAUGAUAAUUGUGAUAAUAGCAUUGUAGCUGGUGGCUAUUUUAAAACGCUUCAUAAUGAAGGUUUAUUUACUCGAUCAUCAUGUGAGUGCGACAAUCAAUUUUAUAAUUGCUUGAAAUUUAUAUCCACCCCACCGUCAUACCAAGUAGGAAUUAAAUAUUUUAACAUAUUAGCACCUCCGUGUUAUAUUUUUGACUAUCAAUUAAAGCGCUGCAUUAAAUAUGGCGGAAUUUUUAAAAGAAGAUGUCUUGAGUAUGAAUUUAAUCAAUCAUCACCAAAAAUAUUCCAGUGGCGAGACAGUAGACUAUUUCCAAUUUUAUAGAGUUCAA